UGGUAAAAAGCAGAGAUAGAAAUGACGAGUUCUUCUUGCUCGCACAUUGCAGGCAAGUUUAUUAUCUUGUUAGACACUGUAUUGAUUAAGUCACCUCUUCACGAUGUCAAUGUUGGUGACACUGAUGAAGCAUUUAUUGGAUUUUGGAGCAGGUUACUCUUGGAUUACUCGUUCAUGUUGGGUGUUGUGCGUCAAUUUGCUGUAUCAAAGUACGGAAGAAAAAAUAAUUAUUUUCAAGAAAGUCUUCUCUGAAGUUAUUUGCAGAGAAAAGUUGGAUUGAAGAAUUAGAUCUGUUAAAUAAUGUUCAAGAGGAAGUUGACAGCAUUGGACCAUCCUUCCCCUGACAACUUCAGUGUAAAUGAUGAGAAACAGUUCAGAAACCUUGUUGUCUGGCUUGAAGAUCAAAAAAUACGUCACUACAAGAUAGAAGAUAGGAAGAAUUUACGAGAUAUUAAUUCAUCAGAAUGGCCAAAAGUUUUUAGACAAUACCUUGAUGAUUUGGCAUGUCCAGUUCAUUCAGAGAGUGACAAUUCAGCAGAAUACCUUGAAUGGCUUUUGAGCUUUUCUGUAAAAUUGGAAUAUGGAGAUAAUGCUGAGAAAUUUAAAAAUCAGACUUCAGAUAAAGUGAAAAAGAAUGAACUUAAUACUCCAAAAGUAGUUUCUCAGAAUCCUCUGGAUAAUUUGGACUUUGAAUGUGCUGAUUUCAAAAAAGGAGUUAAUGCUCUUGCACAAUUAUUGAAUGUUACACAACAUCCAGAUCACUUGAUUACAUUAAAAGCAAUAAGCAAAGUGGUGUGUCAGCGACUAUCGGCAGAGGCCCUUGAAAAUCCCAAUACUGUAAUUGUUAAGGGGAAGCCUUUUCCAUUUCAAGAAGCAGAUUUAGGCUUUGACAUGGGAGACUAUGUCCUUAACCAGGCCGCAAAGAUUUUGCGUUUGUUGUACAUUCACAAUUUGCGUGACUUACAAACUAGAAUUAAUGAGUGCAUUGUUGCUGUACAAAAUGUGACUGCAGAUCCCAAGACUGACACCAAAUUAGGGAAAGUAGGGAAGUGAAAUGAUAUGUACGAAAUUGAAAUAAAUAACUUUAUAUGUUAUGAUUGUUUAUUUAAAAUAUGCCAAUCUAGCCAUUUAUGACUUCUUCACUGUGUCAUUGAUUUUUUCAACUUCUGGGAAAUCUAAAAUUCUUGCCAUUCCCAAUCCAAUAGCUCCACAAGCAAUGCAGAUCAUACCAGACCGUGAAAAACCAGUCUUCAAAUACCCAUUAUAACCAACGUAGAGUCCAAUACCCAUCAUACCAAUGCCACCUACAAGCCGACAUUCCAAGCAGUCCUUAGAGCGUGCUGUUACUUGACGUGUUUGAUCCAUUUUUUUGAAAUUUACAUUUAAUGCUACAAGUUGGUAUUUUCUUAAUUCUGAGAACGUUACUUCAGCACUUCUCUCGACUAUACAAACAUCUGAUAUAAUUAUCAAACAUUCGCUGUUUUAAAACGUGUGUCCAGGAGCGUUUAUUUUAUUAGUCAUUCAUAAACUUUACUCUUCGCCGGAUGGUCAUUUAACGCAAUCCUCACAGAGUUGAACAAUUACAUUCAACGCGUCUUUGAUCUGCAGCUUUAUACUUGAGAUUUCCACGCUCGAGACUUCGACGCUCACCACGCUAUCCGCGAAAUGUUUAAUACUUAUUAUACUGGGAAUGGGAAUGACAAUACACCAUGAACGUAAGAAGCAACUAAUUGAAUAAUCUCCCAGCAGAGUACAGUAUGAGCACAAUCCGUGCCCAUUCUCUGAAACUGAGGUAGAGAUGCCUGUUCACAUCGCUGUAUACUGACGCACUCUAUCCCGUACCCACAACACCGCACACCCCCACACAUCCGCAUAGCAGUCUCGCACGGCGCAACCGUGCCUUUUGAAAGAUUACAGCCAACCACAAGCUGAGAGGAAGGAGACACGUAGGUCAUCACUCCUGUCGCUCUUCUCACGACCAUAACAGCGUCCAUUCGUUUGACAGUACAAGAGUAACUUAGUUGCCAAUUGUGUUGUGAGUCAUUUUUGUGAAAUGAUUAAUCGUGCCUCGUCUUAAAUCCCGAUGAAGACACCAUUUCAUGGAGAAACGAGGGGGUAAGUUCACAUCCCAGAAGAUACGUAAGUGUGUGUUUUUUGACAAAUGCAACGCCGAUGCCACUACAAAUGACUGUCGUCGGUAGAGGCUCCUAACGAUAGAAAAUGCAAAGCGUGAGUUUAGCUCCAAAAGUUGCUCUAAAAUAUUAGUUAUGUGCGAACAGUGCAAAAUGACAUUGCUUUACCAAAUAUUCGUUUAUAAUAGCUUGUAAGGAAGUCCUUUGAUGUAAUAUAAUGGUGAAUGCCAUAACUGUUAUUUUAUAUGGAAUUAUGCUCCCAAAUGAUCACAGGAAGUAAUAAAGAAUUAUU